UUUUUUUCUAGUAGUUACUAAUUUACUAUUACAUACUUCUGUAAUCUGUCAAGUAAAAGUGUGUCGCUGAAAAUAUUGAAUAAUUUAAAGCGUAAAUUGAACAUAAUAUUUCCAAAUUCAACGUUUUGUACGAAAAACUGUAUUAGCUUAGCCAACACAACACAAAUAGCAUAUAAAAUGUCGGUGUUGGAAUUCUUAAAGGACCUCCCAUCUUACAACGAACAAAAUUUUACGUUGUUUAAUACUGACAAUGGUAUUAGAAAUAGUUCCAAGAGGCCUUCAAUAUACCUACCUACAAAAGACAUUCCUUCUGAACAAAUAAUUGUCACAGAAAAAACAAACAUAUUGUUAAGAUACUUACACCAACAGUGGGAAAAAAAGAAUAAUAACACUUCUCCUAAGAAACGGGAUCUGAGUAGUGUUGAACAAAAUGGAGAUGAGAGGAAUCCCCGUAAAAGACCACGGCUGAAUUCUCCACAUGACUAACUAAUGUUUUCAAUUUUAAUUUCUCAUUAAUUAAGCAUCAAUACAAUGCAAAAUUUUAUGAGUAUGCUAUUUAAAGUUAUACUUUGAACCAAUUAUUUUAUAAUUACAUUUAAAUUAAACUUUACUUUAAUACAUGUAUUGUUAAUUUCAAGAUGACUUAGUAGUAGAAAAUAAUAGCAUACGAAGUAAAUUAUAAAAAAACCUUUCAACCCCUGAGAAAUUAUCUUAUACUGUAUCAGUAAUGUACUAUUAAGCAAUAACAUUUACCAAUUACCUAUGCAUGUUUUAUUUAUAAGGAUUUUUUGUUUUCUGGUAAUCAACAAGGUAAGGAUUUACUACCUGGUAAUUAGGGUGGAUUGCUUGUCUAUAUCUAAAUAAAUCUGAGAAUCAGAAAUAUAACCAAACCAACAAUCUUGUCUCAACUGCUUUCAUAAUUAUGAAAAAAUUGGUUUGAUGACCUUAAAAUUAGAUUUGACUCAGUUUUAGACUUUAGAAUACCAACUUUAUGAUUUAUAUAAUAUACGUAUGAUUUGAUUAUGUAGUAUUUUUUAGUAUAAAAAUGUUUUUGUAUAAAUUUUGAAAUUAUAUUUUAUGUGCCCUGCACAUUUUGCCUUGAUUAUAGAUGAAGAACUCGA